GAUAAGUUUAUCAGAACUUGCCUAAGUCUUUUCAUGGGUUAUGGACUUAUAGUAUAUAGAGAAAUGAGUUAUGUGUUCGUUUGUUCUAAAGUUUAAACCCACUAAAGAUAUGACACCAAAAUUUUGGAACCGACCAUAUUCUCUUUGAACCGGAGAUCUAAAGAAGGUGGUAAGAGAUAAUAGGCUAAAUGAUACCAAAAAAUGGUCCCAAAAGAGUGUAUAUGCGUGAAUCAUCAUAAUAAAGGGGCAUAUGCGUCAUUUUGCUAGCUACUGGCACGAUUUGUGUAUAAAUAAGUCGCAGUCGCCGAAGCUGACUGACUUUGCAAGAGAGAGUAACAAACAAGCACGUUCUCUCCGCCAAAACCAGCCGGAGAAAAUAUCUCAUUUCAACGAAGAUGCGAGUCGUCAGAAUUUCAUGCGUUGGGACACGUCAUCUCUCACCUCCCUCCUCCGCCCGCGGUUGCGACGCCCAUUCCGACGACGUAUCUGCCUCCUCCGCCGGACUGAUUAAUGCGGAUGCAGAGGAUGCGAGCUGUAGUAGCACGCCUAGUUGGAGAAUCAAGAAAAGCCUAACAUGUGUGUGCUUUAACCGCAAGAGAGCUUAUGAACGCAUUUGCUCUAACUUGACACCAUUGCAGGAAGAAAGAUUGAAGAGGUUGAGGAAGAGAAUGAAGAAUUACUUCGAUGCAUCGCGGCCCGACCAUCAGGAUGCAUUGAGAGCACUGUGGUCAGCUACGUAUCCUAGUGAAAAGCUUCAAGAUUUGAUCUCAGACCAGUGGAAAAAUAUGGGAUGGCAAGGAAAAGAUCCAUCCACUGAUUUCAGAGGAGCUGGAUUCAUAUCACUGGAGAAUCUUCUAUUUUUUGCCAAGACAUUCUCGACUUCGUUUCAGCGUCUGUUAAAGAAACAAGGAGGCAAAAGAGCGGCUUGGGAAUAUCCAUUCGCUGUAGCGGGCGUCAACAUAACCUUCAUGAUCAUGCAAAUGCUAGACCUAGAAGCCUCAAAGCCUAGGAGUUUUAUACGGUUGGUGUUCUUACAAAUGUUAUCAGAAAACGAAUGGGCCUUUGAUUUGCUUUACUGUGUGGCCUUUGUGGUAAUGGACAAGCAAUGGCUGGACAAGAACGCCACUUACAUGGAAUUCAACGAUGUGCUAAGAUCUACAAGGGGGCAACUAGAGAAAGAGCUGAUGAUGGAUGAUGUUUUCAGAAUUGAGGAUAUGCCUUCUUUUUCUCUUCUCUCUUAGUCUUACCAACUAAUUCUUGUUGUCACUUUAGAUGUAGACCAUUUCACAUAAAGAAACCCAAAGGGUCGAUUUUUGUUUUUACAAAUAUCCGACCGGUAAGAUGAGAGAACAAGUUUGCUAUAAGGAAUUGCGAGAAAAUGGUAGUUUUGUCAUUUAAAGAAUUCAAAAUUAUCCUACAAAGGGAGAAGAGACGAACGACAGUAAUUAUGUUUUAAAAA